AUCCUUUUGGCUCUCGGAGCAGCGCCAUGGCGGUCGGAAAGAACAAGCACCUUACGAAAGGCGGUAAAAAGGGAGCCAAGAAGGAAGUGGUUGACCCAUUUUCUAAGAAAGAUUGGUAUGAUGUGAAAGCACCAGCUAUGUUCAAUAUAAGAAAUAUUGGGAAAACACUAGUCACGAGAACUCAAGGAACCAAAAUCGCAUCUGAUGGCCUCAAGGGUCGUGUGUUUGAAGUGAGCCUUGCUGAUCUGCAGAAUGAUGAAGUUGCAUUUAGAAAAUUCAAGCUUAUUACUGAGGAUGUUCAGGGCAAAAACUGCCUGACUAAUUUCCAUGGCGUGGAUCUUACCCGUGACAAAAUGUGCUUCAUGGUCAAAAAAUGGCAGACCAUGAUUGAAGCUCACGUUGAUGUCAAGACUACCGAUGGUUAUUUGCUUCAUCUCUUCUGUGUGGGUUUUACUAAAAAACGCAACACUCAGAUUCGGAAGACCUCUUAUGCCCAGCACCAGCAGGUCCGCCAGAUCCGCAAGAAGAUGAUGGAAAUCAUGACCCGAGAGGUGCAGACAAAUGACUUGAAAGAGGUGGUCAAUAAACUGAUUCCAGACAGCAUUGGAAAAGACAUAGAAAAGCCCUGCCAAUCUAUUUAUCCACUCCAUGAUGUCUUUGUUAGAAAAACAAAAAUGCUGAAGAAGCCCAGGUUUGAAUUGGGAAAACUCAUGGAGCUACAUGGUGAAGGUAGUAGUUGUGGAAAAGCUACUGGGGACGAGACAGGUGCUAAAGUUGAACGAGUUGAUGGACAUGAGCCACCAGUCCAGGAAUCUGUUUAAAAAUCAGACUUU